AUGAGUGGAGGAAAUAUUAAAGUUGUUGUACGAUGUCGACCUAUGAAUGCAAGAGAAAUUGCUCGUGGAGCAGUGGGUCUGGUUCGUAUGGAUGGUAACCAAACAAUUAUCACAAAGCCCCCUGAUCAAAGAACUGGAAAAGAAUUGGAAGACGUAAAGGCAUUUACAUUUGAUAAAUCUUAUUGGUCUGCUGAUAAAAAUGAUCCACGCUAUGCUGACCAACAAACGAUCUAUAAUGAUUUAGGUGAAGAAUUAUUAGACCAUGCAUUUGAUGGUUAUAAUUGUUGUAUAUUUGCAUAUGGUCAAACUGGGUCUGGUAAAUCAUAUUCAAUGAUGGGCUAUGGUGAAGAUAAAGGCAUUAUCCCUCGUACAUGUUCAGAACUCUUUAAUCGAAUAAAAUCAAAUACUGAAUCAAAUCUUACUUAUCGAGUUGAAGUAUCUUAUAUCGAAAUUUAUAACGAAAAAGUACGCGAUUUAUUAAAUCCAAAAAAUAAAGGAAAUUUAAAAGUACGUGAACAUCCUUCACUUGGUCCGUAUGUCGAGGAUCUUUCUCGGUUAGUUGUAACUUCAUUUGAUGAUAUAGAACAUUUAAUGGAUGAAGGCAAUAAGGCUAGAACAGUGGCUGCCACAAAUAUGAAUGAAACAUCCUCUAGAUCUCAUGCAGUGUUUACACUUUUUUUAACUCAAAAACGAUUAGAUGAUUUAACAAAACUAGAAACAGAAAAAGUAGCUAGAAUUAGUUUAGUCGAUUUGGCCGGUAGUGAACGUGCAAAUAGUACUGGUGCUACUGGUGCAAGAUUAAAAGAGGGAGCCAAUAUCAAUCGCUCUUUAACUACAUUAGGUAAAGUAAUUGCAGGAUUAGCUGAACAGUCAACUCAAGAAGGUAAAAGAGGGAAAAAAAAAGAUGUAUUUAUUCCAUAUCGUGAUUCUGUCUUGACAUGGCUAUUAAAGGAUUCAUUAGGUGGUAAUUCUAAAACAGCUAUGAUUGCUGCUAUUUCACAAGCAGAUUAUGAUGAAACCUUAAGCACUCUAAGAUAUGCUGAUCAAGCAAAACGUAUUAAAAAUAAGGCAGUCGUAAAUGAGGAUCCUAAUGCAAAAUUGAUUCGUGAUCUUAAAGAAGAACUUGAAUUACUUCGUGAUCGCCUUCGAACUUAUGCCCCUGAAGAAGUAGAACAACUGACAGCAUCAAGCGUAUAUAAAUCAACAACGAAUAAUACAAAUGGAACUCGAUCUGAAAGUGGAGCCGCCAUGACAUCCUCUAGUAGGAAAAAUAAAGUAUUCCCUGAGAUUGAAAUCACAGAUAGUUCUGGAAACACCAAAAAGAUGACCAAAGAAGAAAUUGUAGAACAGUUACAAAGCUCUGAAAAAUUGUUGGCCAAUUUAAAUGAAAGUUGGGAAGAAAAGUUAAAAAAGACGGAAGAAAUUCAUUUGGAAAGAGAGAGAGCAUUAAAGGAGUUGGGUAUUACGAUUGAAAAGAACGAGAUGGGUGUUUAUACCCCAAAAACAAUACCCUUUAUCGUCAACUUGAAUGAGGACCCACUUAUGUCCGAGUGUCUUAUGUAUCAAAUUAAACCAGGAUUAACAAGACUAGGAAGACAAGAUAGCGAUGUAUUGGCAGAUAUUAGGUUGAGUGGUCAAAAUAUUCAAGAUGAUCAUUGUACAUUUGAAAAUAAAAAUGGUGUCGUUACUUUAAAUCCAGGUAAGGAUUCCCUUACGAUGGUGAAUGGCAUGAGGAUUACACAACCUCAACAACUUAAAAGCGGUUACCGUAUCAUUCUUGGCUAUUAUCAUAUCUUUAGAUUUAACAAUCCUGAAGAAGUAAGAAAGGAGCGUGACCUUCAGAAGGUGGCGAUUGAAAAUAACAUGAAUGGAAGCUCAGUAUUAUUAGAUGAUGAGCCCAGACCUGAUUCUCCCUCAAAUGACAGUAUGAUUGGAUCUGAAUUGAUUGACUGGAAUUAUGCUCGUCGUGAAGCAGUUUUAAAUUAUUAUGCAACUGAAGAAAACUUUGGUGGGUUAAAAGAUGAAGAACUCGAAAAACUAUAUGAUGACAUUACAAAAAUUAGAAAUUCAAGACGUACGAGAUCUGAAAGUCGAGCUGAUAAUGAUGGCGAUGAUGAUGACAUGUCAACUACACGAGAUUCUUUUAGGAACUCAUCGUCUGCUACCAUGUUUGAAGAUGGCGUUGACAGUGUUUGUACUGAUUUAUCUGUGACUCAAUCUGAUAUGUUGGAAGAAAAACUAAAACAGGAAAAGGAACGGAUGCAGAAGGAACUAGAGAAUCAGAAGCGACUAUUUGAAGCCAAGAUUCAUCGUAUGUCUAGGCAAUUCUCUCAACAACAGAUAGGAUUCAAUUCCGCUAAUUAUACAAAUGAACAAAUUGAACUGAUUCAAAAGGUCUUUCAAAAAUGGAGAACAUUAAGAACGGUAGAUAUGGCGGAAGUUGUUCUAACGAAUGCAGUUAUGUUAAAGGAAGCCAAUAUUAUAUCCCGAGAGCUUAACAAGGAAAUACUUUAUCAGUUUACAGUCAUCGAGCAAGAGCCACUCUCAACUCCUCUUUCAUAUUGGGAACCUACAUCUGCAUUACACCAGUUUGAAACAGAUGAAGAUACAACUUUAAUCUCUACUACUCCAAAGCCCUGUAUAGGUGUUCGUGUCAUUGAUAAGAAGAAUCAAGUUGUUUACAUAUGGUCACUGGAGAAACUGAAACAACGGUUACACAAGAUGCGAAAUCUUUAUAACUUUAUGGACAAACCACUUUAUCGUAAGCACUUUAAUUGGGAGGAUCCCUUCUUUGAAAACCCCUGUCCCAAAUAUACAUUGAUUGGUGUAGCCCAUGUCUCCUUUUUUAAUUUAAUUCAUCAACAGGCGUAUGAGAGUGUUGUGGAAAUCAUUUGUCAUAGUACAGGACAAGUAAGAGGCAAGCUGCGUAUCCUCGUUUCACCUAUUGCACGAUCAGUGACUGUCAGAAGCGACACCACAAAGCAGCCCAAGUUUUUUGAAAACGAUUCUUCAUCAGAAGACGAACUCGAGAAUAAUAAUAAUAAUAAUAAUAACCAGCAGCAACAUCAUGAUCCUAAUAUAUUACAAUCAGGUCAAACCCUCUUGUUUGAAAUAAAACUAAUUGAAUUUAGUGGCAUACGUGAAUCGGAAUUUACAGAUGUUCAUGUUCAGUUUCGACUCUCCUCAUUUGGUGGAUUCCCCUCACAUUCAACAGCAGAAAAAAUUUAUGCUACAGAACCUGCUAGUUAUUUUGAAAAUAAUCCUGUUCAACUCAAUUUUAGCCAAACACUUUCAUUAACAGUGACAUCAAAGGUACUUCAUGUACUCCGUCAUGAUUUUAUUUUGUUUCAAGUCUUUGGUCAAGCACAACCUCGAGUUUUGCUACAACAACAACGAUGGGAUGAUCAACGAGAAAGACCAUGUAUUUUGGAUAGUCACCUUUUAAGCCAACAACGGCCACAGAGCUUCGCAUCACCUGAUUAUACAUCAGUGAAAUCAUCCUCAGAAAAUAGUAGCAAUAGCGAUGUUACUGUCACAUCAUUAGAGCGAAGACCAGAGGAAGAACUCUUGGCUGCCGAGCGACAUGAUGUUAUUGCUUGGAUUGAAAUACGAGAACUAUCUUCGUCAGGAGAAUAUAGACUAGCCCAUUUGAUAUCAAAAAAUCCUAUGGAUAAAGGGUAUUUUACGUUAAGACAAGGAUUACAACGACGUAUAUGCUUUACAUUAUCUCAUACUUCAGGCCAUCAAUUUGAAUGGAAAAGGAUCAAGAGGGCCUCUGUGGGACACGUUCGGUUAUUAGAUGGCAAAGGUCGUAUUCUAGAGUCACCAGCACAGGAAAAUAUUCCUAUCAAACUAUUAAAUAAACAACAGGUUUGCUAUAAUUCAGAUGGAACCAGUCAAUUAACUGCUCAAGGAGCAUGGGAUAGUUCACAACACGAAUGUAUCUUCUUAAACAGGUUAACAGACUCAAACAGUCGAGUUAUUAUUAAUCUAAGAUGGGAAAUUGAAAUGGAAAGAUGUUCAAAGCCAAUACAAUUCAAUAUGGAUAUCUCUAUUCAAAUACGAGGAAGAGAUCGAUCAGCUAGUGAGGGUAAAUUUCGUAGUUUCAAAAAACUACUUUAUCCUAAUAGUGGCAAACAACUCUUCAAAUAUACAGGUAUAUUUGUAGUUCAUUUAAAGCCACCUAUGACGAAAAGAUUAAGCCAGCUAUGGCGGUUAAAUACGGCAUCCAAGCAUGUUCAUGGUGAAGAAUUUUUGGGAACUUGGAAGCCUCGUGGCGUAUCUCUGGUCAAUGAUUUUAACCAAAUACAGGAAACCAUACGUCGUAAGAACGAAGCUACAUUUACAAGACAAGUAUUAGCUUUAAGACAAAUGGAGAACACUAAUUCCUUGUCACCCAUAUCCUUUUUUUCUUCAUCCACUGCUGUAACUGCUAUGAAUGAAGAAGAGAAACAAGACCUUUUAAAGAAGGUGAUUGAUUUAUGGCUAUUAAAACUUGGUUCAAACAAAGAUCUCAUCAUUAGUCAAGAUCCUCCACUUAUCACAGACUCUAGUAUAUCAACUAUACAAGAGCCAACGAGUUUUUCAAAGUUGAUAGCAGAAGUGGAGUUUGUAAUACAACCAGCUAAUAUAUCUAAAAAGGGUUAUUUAUUAUACCAAGAAGAUGCAGCCAAAGAUUUAUGGAUAAAACGAUGGUUUGUUAUUCGUCGACCCUACAUUUAUAUUUAUAGCAAUGAUACUGAGUUAGAUGAACAAGGUAUAAUUAAUGUUGCCUCUGUACGUAUUGAUUAUAAUGAAGCGCUUGAAAAAAUGAUUCAGCGAACUAAUGUGUUUUCUCUUUAUACCAAUAACAAUGCUUAUACCUUACAAUCAGGAACUCGUCAAGAAAUGAUUAGUUGGAUUCAAAUGAUUGAUCAAAAGUUCCCAAUAGAAACACUAUCACCAUAA